AUAGAACGAAACGGGCUUUUAUUUUGAAAAUAUCCCGUGAAAUGAAUAACGCUGCGUCAUUUCAGUUUUCACGUACUUUCAACGGUUCAGUCAGACUUGUUUAAUGCACUUGGGACUUCCUCGCUGCCACAGCCACCAAACUGCACUUGAACCAGCACUCAUAAGAUUCACAAGAAUCGUAGGAAAAUAAUCAGCUUUCAUUAGAUAAACAGUUUUCACUUACUGGGUUGAUGUCAAUGGCUUCUCGUGGAAUUCCAGAAGAGCUCUUAAGAAAUGAGGAGUUAAUUAAAGAACUGGAGGAAAUUGCUAAAGAUUCUGCACUGUUGCAUGGAGUAUUAAUGCGCACCAAAGAAUCACCAAACUCUUCAGAAGUGGUGAGUUAUGCACCAUUCACACUCUUCCCUACCCCGGUGCCUACAGUACUCUUUCACCAGGCCCUUGAAAUCGCCACCCAUUUUAAUCGGCUGAUAGACAGAGUCAGUCAGAGUCCACGUUUCCUUGAGGAGGCUCUUGCAAGCACCAUCAAGGUUGACAGUUUUACAGCAAAACUCUUCAACAUUUACAGACAAGUUCAACAGGAACCUCGGGAUACGCCAAUAGUGCUGGGCUUGAAUCGCUCGGAUUACAUGAUCGACCAUGCUGAUGGAAAAGAGGCCUUAAAACAAAUUGAAAUUAAUACUAUUGCGGCCAGUUUUGGGGGUCUUUCCUCACGCACACCAUAUGUUCAUAGGCACAUUCUGAAGGUUGCAGACCGGUUGGAGGAAAGCAAACUCAUCUUGGAUAACAGUCCAGCAGCAGGUCUGGCAAAAGGCUUGGCAUUGGCCUGGGAACUUUAUGGCUCUCAGAGGGCCGUUGUGAUGGUCCUAGUCGAGGACGUCCAGAGGAACAUUUAUGACCAUCGAUACGUGGAGAAUGAGCUUUGGGCAAGAAACAUUCGUGUAAUAAGAAGGCAGUUUGAAGAUGUGAGUAGAAGUGGAUCUCUGGACCAGAACAAGAGACUGUUUGUAGAUGGACAAGAGAUUGCCGUUGUUUAUUUCCGCAAUGGAUACAUGCCUCAAAAUUACAAAUCGGAACAAAGCUGGGAGGCUCGGUUGAUGAUGGAGCGCUCGUGUGCUGUGAAAUGUCCAGACAUCAGCACCCAUCUUGUUGGCACUAAGAAGGUCCAGCAGGAGUUGGCUCGGCCAGGCGUCCUUGAGAGCUUCUUUCCUGAUGAGCCUGAAACAGUGACUCGGAUUCGUGCCACUUUCGCCGGCUUGUACACACUGGAUAUGGGAGAGGAAGGGGACCAGAAUGUGGCUAUGGCUAUGGCCAAACCAGACCUGUACGUCUUGAAACCACAGAGGGAAGGAGGAGGGAACAACAUUUAUGGGGAUGAGAUCUGCCGUGUGCUGGAGAGCUUGAAGAACAGCACAGAGAGGACCGCAUACAUCCUGAUGGACAAAAUCCAACCCCGGCCCACAUAUAACUACCUUUGCCGAAAGGGGGAUCCAGUAACGCUGAAGAUGUGCCUCAGUGAACUGGGUGUUUUUGGAGCCUACGUCAGGAGAGGAACAGAGGUGUUGAUGAAUGAGUGUGUGGGCCACCUGCUCAGGACGAAGUACGCCGAACAUGCCGACGGAGGCGUUGCUGCAGGAGUCGCAGUGCUCGACAAUCCCCUACUGAUUUAAGUCUCAGGAGCAGAACUCUACACUGACAAACAUAUCCAGGUUUUAUUUUAUAGCUAUAUAUGCUUUUAUGUUCAUUCCUCUUUUAGCACUUGGCAGGAGAAAAUACACUCGAUUCAUUGAAGCCUGUGAUUUACAGUUAUACAUUCCCUCUGAAGAUGCUCACUCUGGAAGGAAAUUCUGAACUGAGCUACUGCCUGCCAUAAGAUUUUAUUUUUUUUUUAAGUUUAAAAAAAACUGUUGUCUAAAAUGAUCCUUGUCUUAGAGUAAAACCACCCUGCACAUUUUGAAUCAAGUGAUUCGGAGCAGCGGGAAAAAAAAAUUUAAAAAAAUAUGCAGAGUGGAGGUACUCCAGGACCAGCAUUGAGAAAAAGUGAUCUAUAGUUAUCUACUGAAAAUGCCCACUUCUGCUUUCAAUAGAGCUAUCAGAACUCUCCACUACUGUUACUAUUGAUUUUUAAUUUAAAAUCAGUGACCCAAAUAGCUAAACUUCCUACAUAACCAGAGUGUCAGCAACUCAACCUUGGAUCACUUAAAAGGCAAAUGCUUAUAGGCCAUCUCACUGCAAAUUUCCAAGUUUGGGAAAACACUGGAUAUAAUGUAAAGAAAAUGUAUUUUACAGUUUUUCUCAGUCGCUUUGGUACAUUUCGCAAAUCAUCCUUAAUAUUUGCAAACCAGUAUGUGCAUUUCUCAAAACAAUACAUACAAACAGCACCACACAAUGGAUUUCCUGCAAAAGCAUGUAACUUGCUCAAAAUCUUUAGUUCAUCUCUCAAAAGUAAGUAUUUGUCAAUGAACAUAUCAGUGCCAUCAGAAUGAAAAGUACUUGUCAUUGUUCACAAACAAGAUAGUCAAAAUGCUUAGUCAUGUUGUCAAUGUAACAGUGUAGUCUGUCAGUAUUACCUGAUGUGAGCUAUGGCUACAGUUUGGAUGACAGUUACUACAUUGAAUAUGCACAAGGCUGCACUUCUUCUGUUUGGCAUAUAUCAAUUUCUACAGUACAAAUUUACACAUUACUGUAUGUGGGAUAUUGAUUGAAAGAGACUGGACAGGAUUCACAGUUAUGCUUUUCACUAGUGGUCUGACAAAAAAAAAUUACAUUACAAUGUCAUUGUGAUUAUAGAAAACAAAAAGACAAGGGGCACAAAGGGGAAAAUAAAAAAUUAGAAAGGUAAACACAGGAAACACCCCUUAGGCAGAACUUUGCAUUUGCAUGCAGCACUGUAUGAGGAAUUACAGUGCAGUCUGUCUCCACCUCCUGACGUCCCAGUCUGUUGGGCCACAGGUUCUCAUCCACAUCACAACAGCUAUCUUCCCUUGCAAUGCAACGUGGAAGAAAAUCUUUUGGAACGUCUUAUCCAGCCUCUGCAGGUGUCUUCCGUGAUGUUCUCACAUGCUGCAUCCAUGGCAGCCAGCAGGGUCAUCUGAGUAUGUGGCUGGCGAUCAUAGACCUUCCACCUCCAUGCUGAGUAGAACUCCUCAAUUGGGUUAAGGAAUGGGGAAUAAGGUGAGAGGAAUUCCAUCAGCAUCCUGUAGUGGGUCACAAAGGGGAAUAUGAGUUAGCACACCGUGCUCUGAAAUAGCAGCACACACAGUGAUAUUCCCUCCCCGUUGGCCUGGCAAAUCAACAAUAGCUCUGUGGCCGAUGACAUUUCGACCACGCCUUCUGCUUUUGGUCAGGUGGAAGCCAGCCUCAUCCACUUUAUAUGAAGUUGUGAGAUGGUUCACUUGAUUCCAGUUCCAUUAUACAGUAUAUCCCAGAACACACGAAAUUAGUUUUAUGAAUUACAUGCAUUUUCAUUUUGGAUAAGAUACAGUUACAUCAAAUUUAUUCAUACUGCAUGUUCUUUCUUUUCUACAGCCAUGGAAAAUGUGUACAGGUCAUGCUUACUGUACUAUAUAUCACUAUACAAUGUUGCUGUAAAGUAGUUACUGUGUGCACAUAGAUGUUUUACCUGGACAUACUGGUACCGUAGCUCCUUCAGCAUUCGUCAUCAUUCCUUUCGAAUGGUACACGGUACAGAUGUUUCAUGCUCAUGUGGUGUCUUUUCAGCACCCUGGCGAUAGUUGAGUGCUAACAGAUUGGAUGUUUUCAAAGUCUUCUAUAAUGGCACUCUGUAUCUCCCUUAGUCUAAUGGCAUGGUUUGCUCUGACCAUGGUGCAAAUAGCCUCCUCUUGUUGAGGUGUGAAAAGGGGUCCUCUGCCACCCAUGUGAGGUAAUCUUGCAGUCUUAUGUGGGGAAAAAUGCAGUAAUGCAAAACACACGAUUUUUCACAUGAAAAAAAAAAAAAAAUGAGCACACACAUUACAGAUUCAAGAAAUGUACCAAAAGUGACUGAGAAAAACUGUAAAAAUACAUGCGUGUUUGUGUUGCAGUAUGUAUCUGUAUAAAGUAUAUUUGCUGUUUGCUGUAAAAUACAACUGGACUACUGUAAUAUGAAGCGUUACAGUAAGUAUACAGUAUAACAGUACAUUGCUCAUUGGUGGACAUACCUGUUCUCUGUACAAAAUGUUUGAAUUAUUGAGGACACGGUCCUUUCGACCCGCCUCAGCCAUUGUAAGGCCAUGAUUGAUAACAUGGUCCACAAUAGUGGACUUUAUUUCAUCUGAUAUGCGCCUGUGUCCUUGGCCUCUUCUGCCUCUUCCUCUGUUUUGCCUCCGUACCCUUUCACCAUGCAUCCUUACUCCUCUUCUUCCUCUCGGCUGUUGACCCUGUUUGUUUCCUGGUUGUUCAUCCAUUGUCAGAAGUUGUAACUCUGUGUUGUGCUCUGUCUGUGUGCUUGCCAGUUGAAGGUUCAUGAGAUGCACCUUUGAGCUGUUUUAGAGAACUGGUUGAUCAUUGGUUGAUCUAACACUUUACAUUCCCUUCAUUAGUGAAAGUCAAGAUUCACCUGCACAAUUCAUCAAUUCAGGGCACAAUUUACCAAAAGUCUAAUAGAAAUGUGUAGAAAACUUGACAGUUUGACAACUAGUUCAACCAUUUUGCAUUUAAUGACUUCUGCAAGGAACUAAUGCCUAGAUGUUUUGAGGGGAAGCCUAUUCAACAAAAAAAACCAUAUAAUAUAUUUUGAUCAACAUGACAUAAGCAAUUGAUAACAUAGGAAACAGAAGACACUUGUACAUAAUCAAUUGCAUGAAUGUACCAAAGCAUUUGCAAUUUGUUCAAAAGAAUGAGAAAUUGCUCUUAUGAUGUGCACAAGUGAUUAGAUGAUAUGGAGUUUGAACAAGUAGUUUUGAGAAUUUCAAUUGUGAUCUGAGAAAUGCACCAAAGUGACUGAGAAAACCUGUAAUAUAGAAGAACUGUAAAUGAUGCAUUUUGGCAAAAACAUACUAUUUCUGGGAUUUUAAUGAAUGAUCAAGAAUGAUUAAUCAAAAUUUACUCAGAAAUUAAACAAAUUCUCAUCACCAAACUUGCUGAGAACAAAUCUAAUUUAUGCAUUUGUAAUAUUUUAAUGGCAAUAUUUUGGUAGAACAUAUUGUACUUUACUAAAAUAAUGAUUUCUUUUUUCUAAUUCCCAACAGUGCCAACAUAUAUCAUGUAAAAGAAAAUUAUGUAAUUUAAAACAAAUACACAAAUGCUAGUCCUUCUGAUAUUAUAAAGUUUAUAUGGAUGUAAUUUAAUCACUUUCCAUUCAUAUAAAUCGUAUUUUCCUCAUAGAACCUGUCAAACAUAAGCUACAUAUCCAUCCACGCAAUCACGUGUUUCACGCUCUGCUGAUAACGGUGAACUUCAGACACAUCACAAAAAUGUUUCCAAUAAAGUAAGACUGUACAGAGGACGUGGAAAAUAUCAACCCAAACAGACCAGUGAAAAAAAUCUGAGUGGUUGUUUCUGGAAAAGGCCAACUGGGUCCUGACCAACUGAAAAUAAAGAUCAAAAGCAAAAGACACAAAAAACUGUAAAAGUGAAACUGCACAUUUAUAGGCUGUGUAGCUUAAUUAGGGCCAGACAGUAAGGCCAGACUGACACUAAGAGUGAGGACACAGACAAACACAAAUAAGCAGUCUGUCAGAAUGUGCAGGACACGACCAUUUUAAAAUGCUAAACAAACAAACUCACUAGUUUAGGUAACUCCUACCUGGCAAUAGUACACAAAUAUACUGAAUUAAGUUCAUAGGAAAAAAAAAUUUGGAGAGAGAAAAUGUGUAGGAACAUAUUAAAAGCAUUCUAACUAACAAUAGAAAAAACUGAGGCAAAACACUGAUAGGUUCUGACUACUGUUGUGCUAAAAUAAGUGAUAAAAGAUGUGCUUAAUGCAAGGCUACAGAAAAGUUGAUGGAAAAUUAAAGCUGCAUUCUGUGAGAUUUAAACACUGCAUCCUAUUUACAAUAAAAUCAGAGAUGUUUCUUUCGAA